CGCAGGCUGCUUUUGAAAGAAAACAAGAGCAGUUAUAAAGCUGACUUUCUCAAGAACUACAUGCCCCUUUAUUCUAGGAAGCAGCCAAAAGAACAAGAGGCCACUGAAGACAAAACUUUCUGCAAAUGCCUGCACACGGUGAUGUGCGCAGACAUCUGUUAGAAGGAGAGAAUGCUCUUCGUUACAGGACUUCUGUGCACCUGUUGACACCCUAACAUGAUUUUCAGCUGAAGAACUGCGAAGUCCUGGAUUUUUUCACCGUCAGCCCAAGGAAACUUUGCACGUCAGUAAUUUUUCUAUUUAUCACGAAGAAGAAGAAGAAGAAAGUGGGAACCCCCUUUGGAAGGAACAUAAAAUCUGUGAAGUUUGAACAAGCAGGCUUCCCAAGAUGUACCGAAUAUCUCAACUGAUGUCAACACCAGUGGCAAGUAAAUGUUCUUCUGGCUCUGAGAGAAGAUAUACUGGAGAGCUGUCUCCCACAUGUGUUUUCCCAAGUUUUGCCUGUGAUUUCCUGGAUGGUGACACUUCCUUCAAAUGCUGCUCUGUAGAUCUCCUAACAGCCUCCCACUUUGCCUGUCGCCGAAGUCCCAGACUCCUCUCCAAUGGAUACUACACUUGGACAGAAGACAGUUUCCUCUAUGACAAAGAUGGCAACAUAACUCUGAGCCCACCCCAGACCAGUGUUCUUUACAAGGAGAAUUUAGUGAGAAUAUUUAGAAAGAAAAAGAGAGUCCGCCGUUCCUUUUCUAAUCUCUUCAGCCUCAGUACCUCUAAAUCCUGGCUGCACGGAAACAUCUUUGGUGAUGUUGACUCUUCUUUAAGUGAGGACACCUGGUUAGAUGGGGUCAGGAGGCUGGACAUGGAGCAUUGCAAUGAAACUGGGUUUCACAACCUCAGCAUUGCUGACACUUGGGACUGGACGAUCCUUCACUGUGAGGCCUGCCCUGUGCCUUACAGGAUGCUAACCACAUCCCUGGGCUCUAGUCACUGGAUGACAGCAGCAACUCCCUCCCCUGCCACGCCUGCCCCCCCAAUCUGUGACAGCCAAAAAGGUGGGGAUUCUGACAGUUCCCUGACUGAUGCCUGGGAGUCGGAACAGCUGAAUGUAGCCCCCUCCUCUAGCCAUGCCAUGUCUCAGAUUCCACGACAGAACUCCCACGAUGGGGCUCUUCAGUCUCAUGUGAUGGCUUCUGAACGUUUCCCAGGGAACAUUUCGGAUCGUGCAAAAGCCAGUCUGUGGCAAGAUGUCUCCUUUCCAGCAAUUCUGCUGGCUGUGUUCCUCAUCAUCUGUGCAUGUGCAAGAUGGUUUCUGGAAGGAAUAUUAGUCAGUGUCUUCACAUGUUCACUGGUGGUGAUUCUUGCCUGUUUGCCAAAAUUUGACAGCCACUUAAGAAUGUUUCUGAUGAAUGCCUUCAAUCUGAAUAUCCAGAAAUUGUCUGAUUUGCAGUCUGCUUGGAAUCAACUGUUUUAUUGGAGGAGAAUGAGGAGCUGGAUAAUUGAGAAAAAAAUAUUUUAAUUUGGUUAUGUGUUUUAAAAAAAAAUCUCAUUUGUGUCCUCGUAAUUGUAAUAUGCUCAUGAAAAUAGUAUUAAUUUGUCUUUCCUUUGCAACACUGGCAGUUGAAAAGGACAGACUAGAAACUGUGAUAGAGAAACAACCACCUGGGUAGAUAUUCCUCUCGUAUUCCCUGAGGCAUGGUUUUCAAACAUUAAUUUCCAUUUAGAGAAUUCUAUGAGGCACUUGUAACAAUGCAGAUUCCUGGGCCUGCCCGCAAACGCCUCUUCCUUGCUGAACUGCUUUAAUUGAAUAAUGUAAGCAAGUCUCUGUAAUCAAUACCAACUUGAAAAUAAAUAAAUCACAGUUUGAGCAUAAAAUACAAUGUAGAAAAAAAUUCAUCAUUCUCCCCGAAGAGUGGCUGGGUGGGGGUCAGUGUCAGCAGAUGCAGGUUAAUGGAAAAUGGGCAUAAAAGAGGUUUUCUUUGGGAAAGCACAUUCUUCUUUUGAGCCAUUUUCUUACAAAGUUUUCAGCCUUCUUGAGCUCAUGAUUACCUUUCACUUAAGAGCGAUUAAAAUAAAGAUAUAAGAGGGGGCGCCUGGGUGGCUCAGUAGGUUAAGCCACUGCCUUCAGCUCAGGUCAUGAUC